AUGAGCAAUACCGAAAUACAGCCUGGGGAAGCUAGUCCAGCCCCUGUCACAGAGGGCCAGGGAAGCCGAGACCAGCCGGGGAACCACCCGAACAGGCAAUUUAGGCUCCGCAACUCUUGUGACCGCUGUCAGGAUACGAAGCUCAAGUGCUCUCAGGAAAAGCCGGCGUGUCGACGGUGUGCCCGACUCGGUCUCCCGUGCGUGUACUCUCCGAUCCGCCGGCUCGGCCGGCCUCGCAAGCAUUCCUCCAAUCAGCUAGAGGACUCGACUCAACAACAGCAGCAGCAACCCCGUCAGCAACGGCAACCGCCGCCGCCUCCGCCAUCGUCAGCAGUAACAUCUUCGGGUGUCGCAGGUGCGAGAGGAGGCGGCCAAGAUGAAGAUCACGAAGGCGAGGUUGCGAAUAUGGGACAAAGCCAUGGUGGACCAGCAGCGUCUAUCCCUUUGCAGAAAGUUCCAACCCCAGCUUUCCACGAGACAAUUUCGCCCUUCACAGAUGCCUUCCUCGACGCCAUGUCAGGAGUUAACGAUGACGGGGCUAGCACGAUAGUGAUCCCUAGCGCCUUGCAUCAGCCAGUGAUAGACAGCAAUCAUCAGUUUGACGUGGUGAUGGGCACACUGCUCACGACUGACCCGGCGUCUUCGGAGCCCCUCGCCGCCAUCAGUUUGACCGAGACGACGUUUGAGGAUCUCCAGAACUGGGCUACCGAACCAAGUCAUUACAACACCCCAGUGGACCAACACGAGCAGUUUGUAAGCGAAGCUCUUACUGGCACGACUAAACGCCCUUCGACUUCUACCAUAAAUUUGUCUGAAAGUAGCGCGGCUGCGGCGGUAGCAGCUGUGUCCGACAUAUUUGGCCCAGAAGAAACACCAAUGCACUUUCACACACAAGCUCCCCCUGUUCCCACAUCGGCAUUAACCUCAUCCUCUCUUAUGUGCAGCAACGACUGUUACCGCUGUCUCAGCCAACAGCUUGCUGGUCUCAAUAGCCUCACCAACUCCUCGGUCACCCCGAAUCUCGACACGAUUCUACAAAUUGACCGGAAUAUGCAGGCGCUCACAAAGGGACUCCUUAACUGCCCACAUUGCCUAGCAAACGACAGCAGCUUAUUACUACUUUCCAUCAUCAUGGACCAGGCGACCCGGCUAUUAGAUUGCUUCAUCGAGAAAGUCAAGCCCAAUGUGGCUGUCGUAGAUCAUCAAAGCUCAAUCCGAGGAGGGUCAAGUGCUCCGAACAAGAAUACCGCCGGGGAUGGCAAUAUCGGCGUGACGUAUCAGAGCACCUACCGCAGCCAGCCCUCCGCGAGCGGAGUCGGACUGGGAAAGCUUUACAUACCAGCGCCGGGGGCGACGAUGGCGGCGCCCUCUCGCAAACAGUCAUUGAUACAUACGACAGAGUUGCGGAUAGGCGACUACGAGGUCUUAGACGAAGACUUGAAGUUGACGUUUCUGAAGCGGCUUGUUUGCCACCGCUUGAGGAUACUGGUUGGGAUGUUAACAGACCUCCAAAAUACUACCGGAGGACAUAUGAAAGAGAUGCAGUGCAGCGCGACUCUCGGGAUGUUAAGAGGAGUCAUGGAGCGGGUCGAGCGCCUGCGAGGGAAGAUGUCGAUCAAGUGGUGA